GUUGUCACCCAGGCCUACGCGAUCGUCGCUAAAUCCAGCGUGGUGAUCGGCCUUAUCAAAGUCCCUGCAACCAAUUUGGAAGCCAUCCUUCAUCGUAGUGGUCCAAACGGGCUCUUUUUCAAAGAAAAGGAAAAGUCCUUUGAGAAAGCGUUGGCUGAGGCCGCCAAGUUGGAGGGUCUCUUCUCUGACGAUAACGUUUCGGUCAUUGCCUCGAGCUAUUGGCAGGUGCAAGGCUUACCCAUUGGCAGCUCCGCAUCCUCCGUUGCAACUGCACUACGAGAAUGGAACUGGAACACUAUCCCUAUUAAAUCUUGGGCUUUAUCGCCUGACACUUGCAUUUGGUUGGUUGGUGCAGCUACGGAUCCCCCUGGCGAGUACAUCUCCCUUGGUGAUACCAUGGUCACUGUUGUUCGAGACGGGGUCCCAACCAAGGCCACCGCCCUCAACAAGCCAGCGGACACACAGGUGCCUGAUGACCCAUGGGCAGCUUUCCUAAGCAUCCAGCGUGCAAAGCUCACCACACCGCCGGGCAUAGCAGCUCCCACUCCGGCCAUACUCUUGGUCGCAAACAUCGUGGCCGAGGGCGGGUACCAAAAGUCAUCUCGCAACCAGUCCAAGCUCCUCCAGCAAACCCGCAGGUUAAAAAUCCAGCAUAUACCUACGGUUGGUUCUGCUGCUCAUUUUCAAUUUGGGCGGAUUGUGGCAAACAUCACCUCCUCUUGGAGAAGGCUCUUUCAUGAAGACCUUCAUCUCCCUUCAGUACCUGGCGAUCCACAGCUUUUGCGCCUUCUACAACUUGCGGAGGACUCCCUGAACUCUGAGCAGGAACAGAUACAACAUCAGCGCAUGGACACCUUUAAGGAAGCUCUCAUCAAGGAUUGGAAUGGGACACGCAAGGCUACAUACACCUGGCUUCGCAAUCGUGAGCCUUUUGUAGCUCCUUGCUUCAAAACUUCCAACGACAACGAAUACGCGACCAGACAUCAACAACUACAUCAAAUGAUGCUUGACGCUUGGUCUCCCAUUUUCAACCGCUAUACUGAGAGGGAACCCCCGGAUUUCCAGGUCUUCUUGGCGAAAUUUCCACAUUGCCUACAAGACAAUCGCCAGUAUUCUGAGCUCAGUCCUUUUCAACUUGGGGAUAUUACCCUUGAGGACGUCAAAAGUAUCAUGAUGGACCUCAAACCAUCUGCCCACGGCUCUGAUGCCUGGCGUGUACAUGAAUUGAAACUUCUUGGUGACAUCUCAUUGUCCGCGUUGACAAAACUCUACAACCUGGUUGAAAGUUCUGGGCAAUGGCCCACUGCCAUGCAAGAAGUUCCUGUCCAGCUUACAAUGGUGGAAAUAAUCAAGGCAAGAAAGGCUGCUGAGCCACUUGAGCCUCCUGAUGAUUUUGAUCCCUCUCAAUUUCAUCAGAAGCCUUCUCCUGCACCGCCUACGGCUUCGCCUUCCUCAAGUGGUGGUUCCAAGAAGCCUCAGGCCCCCAAGCCCUGUAUUGCCGCACCAGAUCACAGCAAGCCCCACGCUGAUGAGCAUGGCUUCUUGCUUUCGACCUCUUUGAGGCCUGGCGGAUCAAGAUACCAGUAUGUUCAAAAGAAAAAGAAUGACACCUACAAAGCAGUUAUUCCACGGGGUGCCAAACGUCAUUCUUUUGGGCCGUUCUCAUCGGAAGAAGAUGCUGCCAGAGCAGUCAAGGAUUUUCUUGAGCGCUGGGAUACAGGAGAGGCCCCCACUACGAGGGGCACAAAGCGGGAGGAGAAGCAUACCAAGUCUAUUCAGUUGCAGUUGGAUCAACUCAAUGUCAAUGCAAAAAAGGAAGGCAGACACAGUAUUCCUGAUGCUACCGCCCCUACCUGCAUUUUUUGCAAACAGUCAGUGCAGCGAUAUUACAUUUUACAAUUCGCAGCAAAGCAAUGUCAUGCGAUUUCGAGCAAAGCCGACAAGAGUGGCUCCACCACCAGAGCGGAUAAGCUUUCCGCUACUCGAACUGCCAAACUUCAACUUGACGUUGACGAGCAUAACAAGCACGCUGUUGCGAGAGGCAGACACUACAUCGAAGACAUUUUUCGGCCAUCUUGUUUUUACUGCAAGCAGGUGGUUUCCAAGAACUACUUGCGCACAUGGAUGAAGAAAGACUGCAAAUUCAAUCACGACUGA